GAAAGCCUCCAGCAUCUGAAGACUUCAGACUACCCCUCGAGAAGACCAGAGCUCGUCUUGCGUCUUGAAGAUUCGUGUGUGAGAGAGAAUACAACUCAGAGCCAUCAUCAUGUCUGGAAACGUUUUCUUCGUCCUCGUGGUCGCCUUUAUGGUCGCCGGUAUUCAGGAAGGUGAAGCCCGUGGGACCUACGGCCUGGCGUAUUACCAGCCCCAGGCGGCGCAGUACGUACAGUACGUGCCGCAGGCGUACGCCGAGCACGCCAAGCAGGUCCAGUAUUACUCAGCCCCGACCUGCUACUGCUACGGGCACUCCUACCAGUGCGCUGCCCAGGGAGUGUGCGCGAACUGCCAGCACAACACCAUCGGCAACAUGUGCCAGUACUGCCGGCCCGGCUACACCGGCAUGGCCACCCGAGGCACCGCCUACGACUGCCAGCCUGCCGUGCAGUACUACUACCAACCGCAAGCUGCCGCUGUUGAGGCGCCCCUGCACGUGAAGCAAGCCGCGGCCUACGUGCAGGCAGCUCCCAUGCACGUGAAACAGGCUGCACCUGAAGCCUACGCAGCACCUGUGCACGUCAAGCAGGCAGCUGCAUACGUUGCACCUGCAGCCUACGCAGCACCUGCUUUCAAGCAGCCCGAGUAGAAUGUACAUUCCUAUGUACAUCCGAUGCUGUGACAGUCUGACCGAAAGGCUUUGAUCGCAUUGUUUGUUUGUUUGUUUUACGUGUAUAUCGCAUAGCCGUGCCUUUUUUGCGUUCAAAAAAAAUCAGGAAGUUCCUAACUUGGAAAUAAAAGUUACUUUCUUCAUAACAUUCCAUAAUGUAUAUCAAUAUAGAGGUGCAUCCAAUGCAUCCAAUGUUAAUAAAAUGAUGUUGCUUUUUCGUAACAUAUUACAUCAUAAACAGGUGCUAAUCAAAUAUUAUUCAGAGUGUACCACUCAUAACUUCGGUGCUAUUAAUAUCAGGCUAGCGUGGCAACAGGGUGAAAUCAACCACAAUUUGUGUCACUGUUAUCAAACACUAAUCUACAAUGUGCGAUUAUUUUCUGUUACUGUAACAUUGUUAUUUAAACAGUCGCUUUUGAAAAAAUAUGUGAUACCAACUUGUUCAGCAGUUAGAAUGUUUAAAGCGACAGAAAAUGCAUUUUGUAUGUCUACUUCACACAGAAUUCAACAUGUGCCAUUGAACUAAUAAACGUUGCU